GGUUGCUUUGAAAAAGGGGCGGGUUCGAAAUUUACCGAAAUCUCGGAGUUCAAUUCAUAGACGAGGAUAUCUUCGGAAUCAGAUUGAAGGUGACAGUUGUGCCAGUGACAAACAUUUUAUUUUCCUUCAUUGUUUUUUUUUUAACUUGAAAAACGAGACGAAGUGUUCUUCCUGCGUUCGCCGCUGGACAGAAUCCGGGAUAUGAACUAUACCGAAUCGUUGUGGGAGAUUAAUGGAAACCAAACACCAGUGAUUACAGCGGAUAUGUCGCAAUACGUCAGCGGCGAACUUGGAAGCUACCCGAUGUGGGACAGUUCUGUUUUAUACCAAACACCACCUCCUUCACACUCUCACGUAAACGAACAUGGAUUAUAUAGACAACCUUGUGCAUUAUUACAUCAAAGUCGCUAUACAUCUAAUGGUAGAUCUCCGAAUCUUCCAUCAUCUACUACAAAGAAACCAAGACGUCGUGUAGCAACUGUUUCACAAAGAAGAGCAGCCAAUAUCCGUGAAAGGCGAAGAAUGUUUAAUUUGAAUGAAGCCUUUGAUAAAUUACGUAGAAAAGUACCAACUUUCGCUUAUGAAAAACGGCUCUCGAGAAUCGAAACUCUGCGUCUGGCUAUCACGUAUAUUGCAUUCAUGGGAGAAUUACUUGGAAUCGAAUCGAGUAGUCCAAAACCAGAAUAUAUUCCGAGGGAAUAUUAUUUGCCGAAUUAAAACUGAAAAAUAAAAAUG